AUGGAGACUCGAUUAGCCGCCGCUUCUGGGGAUAUUCCUCAUGAAGACGGGUCGUUGUCUGAAGAAAUUGAGAUUCUGAUAGAAAGAGAUGAUGGCAAAGGUUUGUAUUCAAUACCUGCUGAUCUUCCUCCAGACACGGUAUUGGUCAUCGAGCUACAGCUUCCCUCGGAUGUCAGCUGCGAUGCUUGCGUUUUCAGGUGGAAAUAUUUCGCAGGAAAACAUCAAAGACUUUACGGCUGUGCUGAUGUGAGAAUAAGCGCCCCUUCUGCUCAGUGGCCUAAUCCAGAUUGUAUGCCCGAGAGCUUUCAGCCUGAAGACAAGGAGGUUGUUGUUCGUCGACGACAUCAGAUGCUACCAAACAACAGUGCCGCCAACAUCGUAGUUUUUAAGUCCUCUACAGAGCAAGCUGAUCUCUUGGCGGUUGUAUCGAGCAGCAAACGCGACAAAAAGAAAGAAUUGGAGACAACAGAAAGUUCCAAUCAGUAUUAUCCGGUUAAAUUAAAUGUACACAGACAGAAUAUUGAUAAUUUGACAAAUGCAAUGAAAGAAGAAAGAAAACGUUUGUCUUUUGAAUCAAGUGCAGCCGUUCGCAACUUGAUUCACACCUUUUCUCUCAACUGGCUCGUUUUCUAUUUUGCUUUUUAA